GAAUUUCCACCGAACAACUGCGCCUAAUCCUUGGGUUCUUGUCGAACUCUUCUUUGCAUGAGCUUUUGAAUACCUAUAUGAAGCUUCUAAGAAGCAAAUUCCACUCCCUAGCAAUGACUUGCUGUCCUGUGUUCCGGUGGAAGAGAAAAUCCAGAAACCAAAUUGUACAGCAGGACAUAGACAUACCGCUCCAUGGCAACGUGAAGAUAUACUCCUCCAAGGAGCUCAAAAGGGCCACAAGGAACUUCUGCUCAGGAAACAAACUUGGACAGGGUUCUUUCGGCUGCGUUUACCUGGGAAAGCUGAAGAAUGGUCAGAAAGUUGCCAUCAAGGUGCUCUCCUCCGAGUCAAAGCAAGGAACAAGGGAGUUCUUGAAUGAACUGAGUGUCAUAUCCAGCAUAACCCAUCACAACCUUGUAAAACUGCACGGCUGCUGCGUCGAUGGAGGUCAGAAAAUGCUGGUCUACAAUUAUCUGGAGAACAACAGCCUCGCAAGGACCCUCUUUGGCAAUGCCCACAGUAGUAUCCGCUUUGACUGGAGCACAAGGGCGAAGAUCUGCAUUGGUGUUGCCGAGGGUCUCACAUAUCUGCAUGAAGAAAUCCGGCCACAUAUCGUCCACCGUGACAUCAAGGCGAGUAACAUUCUGCUUGACAAGGACCUGAGCCCCAAAAUAUCAGAUUUCGGGCUAGCAAAGCUCUUCCCAGGCAACAUGACGCAUAUCAGCACGAGGGUUGCAGGAACAUUAGGGUAUCUGGCACCGGAGUAUGCAAUCCGAGGGCAGCUCACAAAGAAGGCUGAUGUGUACAGCUUUGGGGUUCUCCUGCUGGAGAUUGUCAGUGGAAGGUGGCACACCGACCCCAGAUUGCCUCUCCAAGAUCAGUUCCUCCUAGAAACGGCUUGGACACUCUACGAGUCUGGUGAUCUUGGGAGCAUCAUCGACAGGACCUUAAAAGAUGGUUUCAGCACCGACGAAGCUCAUAAGUUCUUGAAAAUAGGACUCCUGUGCACCCAGGAUAGCCCCAAGGUCAGGCCCUCCAUGUCGACAGUCGCCAAGAUGCUAAAGGGUGAGUGCCCCGUCGGCGACAAGAUCAUGAGGCCAGGCCUGAUCACAGAUGUCAUGGACCUGAAAGUCAGAACAAUCGAGCCUGCUCUUCAGUUAAGUGUGUCUCCAUCAAUGUCUCCGCUGGAUAACCACUCACUGGUGUCUAACCUUGCAUCCGCUGGUAGCACUGUGAUAAGGGACAGCCCCUGAUGAGAAGGUAAAAAGGCACAUGAAGGAGAAUAUGCUCAGGCAACAAUGGCUGUAAAUUGGAGGGAUGACGGAAAGCAUGUCAAGAGAGGCAUUUGAUUUCGUUUUGUGUUUCUGGAUUGCUUAGAUACACUGUUAGUUGUUUGUAUAUGUUGCAUCUGAGCUUUUGGUGAUCAACAACUGAAGACCCUCAGUGUCCUGUGGAGCAUGGCUUAUAGGUGAAGGAAGAAGGGCACAGCUACACCAGGCACCCAAGCAGGGAGCGCUGGACUUACAGAGAUUUGCUAGUUAGCACCUUUCCUAAGUUAAGCAAGCAAGCCAGGGUUACCUUUUUUUGUGUGCACAGAAAUACUGUAGUAGCUAUAAUGUUUAGUCAAGUAUACAGUACAAAUCUCACACGGAUAAUGACAUGACUUGCAUCUGCAUGAAAGACCUGUGAAAUUU